AUGUCCAUAGAAGAUGUCACAAUUUUCCUUCAGCAACCAGGCAGCUCCCCGCGCUUUGUAUACGGGGCUUUGAUGCUUCCUACUGUUUUGAAAUACUACAUUAAUCUCGAACAAUCCUACAAAAUCCACAUUUGCAUGACCCAGGCCACAUUGCCUGGGUACCAACUAUAUCAAUUCACUGGAACACGUUUGCCGGUUCUCACUCCUUCGUCAGAUCCGAAAGAUAUCGUGGAGGGAAUGCUUAUCUUCAAUUUCGAUGAGCAGCAACGUAAUUCUCUCUACGAAUUCGAAUCAGGGUUGAUGUGUCUGACCAGUGUUCAGGUUGAAAUUUGUCAGAAAGAUACGGAUGAGAUGCAUCGCCUCCGCACUGUGGAUGCUGGAGCAUUUACUUGGACCAAACCCACGUAUGGAAUGACUAGAAUUUCUGAUUCGUCAUGGUGCGUUCGGGAGUUCCUGCAGAGCCCAUUCUAUCAUCACAUGUUCCAAUCACAAAAUCGAUCCAGUAUUGGGGUGUGUGAAUGGGAAGGUCAAGAAGAACUACCUCAACCCCACUAUACACAUCACCUGCCAAAUGUUUAG